AGACACUAUUUACCUUAUCCCAGGCAAAUACACAUUUAAUAUAUACAAUUGUCAUAUUCUAAUGUAGAAUUAUAAAUCUGUUUUAUUCUGGUCAUCUACCAUGAAGUCUUUGAGUUCCGCUUAUCUAACCUUUGACGAAUAGAGACUUAUUAUUUCAAUAAGCUUGAUAUUUUAAAUAAAUAAUAUUAUGGAUGAAAGGGAUAGAAUUCUAGAUCCAUCAUCAGAUAAGAAUCGCAAGCUUUCAAAGCAUGAAACAAUCGAGGGGCUAAAAAAACGCCCGGAAAUAACAGCUAUUUCUAAUGCUAUAGCAGCUGGAUUGACAAACGCAAUCAUACAACCUAUGGCUGUGUUAAGAACAAGGAUACAGUCAAUGAAUAUAUACGAUCAUGGAAUAAAAAGUAGACAGAAUCUCAUAGUAUCAAUACUCAAAUCCUGUAAAAAGGAUGGAAUCCUAUCUCUAUAUAAAGGGAGUUUGUGUUCAGUUUAUACCUCUGCAUUUGGAUGGCUAGCCUUUAGAUUUAUAUAUGACAAAGCUGGGCAUCUACAGGUGUUUAAGGAUCACGAUGAUACAAAGCACAAUUUGAUAAGGGGAGGCGCCAGUAGCUUUAUAACAAGUCUAAUGCUACAUCCGUUGUGGAACGCUAAGUUGGCAAUUGAACUCCAAAGUUCUCAAACAAAAAUAGAUGGAUGGCCUCAAUAUAGAGGCGCGUUCCACUAUUUAUUUUAUACAUACAAGGCUGGAGGUCUUAGGGCCAUAUUCACUGGAUUACCAGUGUCUUUAUCAUCAGUUUCACAUCAUACCUUGUUAAUUGUAAUUUAUGAAAGAUUAUCAAAAUGCAAUUGGUCGUCACAACCCCUUUUAGCGCCAUUCGAGAGCUUUCAACCUUUCUUUAAUGGAAUGGCUUCACGAAUAGUACCAACGGCACUAUGUUAUCCAUUGUAUGUGAGUAGAACAAUGCAGCAAUGUCACGGUACGGAAAUCACAAAAUCUUCUAUAUCGAGGAUCAUGUUCUGGAAUGCACACAAAAACAAAGUUAAAGGGAUGUAUGCUGGAUUUCAAGUACAAAUUGUUCGAUCCAUGCUUAGUGGUGGGAUAAUGUUUGCCCUUUAUGAAGGUAUAUUGACAAAUAUUGGACGGAUAGUGUAUUUGUAUAAUAAUUAA